AGGAGAGGGCGGGAGGAGGGAGCUCGGACGCAGGGGGCGGGGAGGGGCGCGAGUUGCGCGCUCGCCCGCGCUCUCUUUCGGUUUGCUCGCCCGCGGGAGCAGAGAGUGGGACAACCCCCACCCCCCACCCCAAACAACACCACUUGGAGACUUCUUCUUCGGCGCGUCCCCGUCGCCCCCCGGUCCCGGCGCGGGGCUCGGGGAUGCCCGCCAGCAUGUUCAGCAUCGACAACAUCCUGGCCGCCCGGCCGCGCUGCAAAGACGCGGUGCUCCCGGUGGCGCCCAGCGCCGCGGCUCCGGUGGUCUUCCCGGCUCUGCACGGGGACUCGCUCUACGGCGCGGGCGGCGGCACCUCCUCGGACUACGGCGCCUUCUACCCGCGUCCUGUGGCCCCUGGAGGCGCGGGCCUCCCGGCCGCGGUCGGCGGCUCCCGCCUGGGCUACAACAGCUACUUCUACGGGCAGCUGCACGUGCAGGCGGCGCCCGUGGGCCCGGCCUGCUGCGGGGCUGUGCCGCCGCUGGGCGCCCAGCAGUGCUCCUGCGUCCCGACGCCCCCAGGCUACGAGGGCCCAGGCUCUGUACUGGUGUCUCCGGUGCCGCACCAGAUGCUGCCCUACAUGAACGUGGGCACGCUGUCGCGCACCGAGCUGCAGCUGCUCAACCAGCUGCACUGUCGGCGGAAGCGGCGGCACCGCACCAUCUUCACCGACGAGCAGCUCGAGGCCCUGGAGAACCUCUUCCAGGAGACGAAGUACCCAGACGUGGGCACUCGGGAGCAGCUGGCCCGGAAGGUGCACCUACGGGAGGAAAAGGUGGAGGUCUGGUUUAAGAACCGCCGAGCCAAAUGGAGACGACAGAAGCGAUCCUCCUCGGAGGAGUCGGAAAACGCUGAGAAGUGGAACAAGACGUCCUCGAAAGCCUCGCCGGAGAAGAGGGAAGAGGAAGGUAAAAGCGAUUUGGACUCGGACAGCUGACGGCUGCGGGCCGGCCGGGGCGCUUGCCUGACGCAAGGACUUGCACAGACAGUCGAUGUACUUGCACACGCCCUGCCUUGCGGGAGGGGGGAUCGAGAAAGCAACGAGGAGCUAGCUGUAAAUAAUGUACAGGCCCGGGACUGCCGGGGACAGGAGCGUGGGGACCGCAGCCCCGUCAUCCCGGGCUGCCUGCGUGAGCCGCGUUCCCCACCGUAGUAUUUAUAGUUAAGUUAACGGUGACAAUACAAUAAAGUGAUGGCGAUGUA